AUGUCCGAUUCAGACUCUGAUUAUGCUGUGUCUGUUUACGAUCCUGAAGACAAUUUAAAUUGUUAUGGUUCUCCGACUGAAAGCCACGAUCAAUUUCAGUUAGGAGAGGUUGCAUCAACUGCCAAUGCCUUCAAUGCAUCAACUGCCAGUGCUUCAACAAUUGUUGAAAACAUUCAACCUCAACGAACCCAGGUAUGUUUGUGAUUUCAUGUUUUGUUUAUUCCUUUAUUAAUUGGUAUGUAUAUUUCUAUUUAUUCAUUGUAUUUAUUUGAUAGUUUUGCAGCUGCAAGAAUACAUGUAGCAGACGUAGUGGACGAAAAAAGCGCGGUUGUCCGUGUCGCGAUGAAAAUUUGCAUUGCACUGACAAGUGUUCCUGUGGGUCAAAAAAGUCUUCUUGUAAAAACCAGGAACAAAGUACGGCGACUGCGACGAAUGCAAAUGCUGGGAAAAAUGCAUUUGACCGCCAUCAAGCGGCCAUCGAGGUUUCUAACCGCGAGAUUACGGUAAGCAAAGCAAGUGUUCAUACAGAAUUUUGAUCGUUUUAAUUUCCCAUAUAUCUUUUGCACGCCAGGUCUUUUAUAUUAAUCCAAAUAAUUAUGAGUAUUACACUAUAAACAACGCAAAUAUAAAAGUUAAAUGAUGCACAUACGACGCAUAUUCAAUGAAAAUUUCCACAUAUGCGCCCUAAUGAAUAAUUCAUUGUUCUUCCUGUUAGUCAAGCAAACAUGGCUGCCAAGCACAAGUCACUGUACUAUUAUAUGUAGCUGGCUAUGACAUCAAGACUCUAGGCACAGUUAUAUUUAGUUUUACUGGUUUAUGUCUUCAUAAAUGGCUUUAUAUAUAAUUUUAGGGCUUUAUCGGGGAAUUAAACGACGCUCAAAAAGACAAUAUUCUUUUAAAUUUGUUGUCAAAUGGAAAAGGGAGUCUGGAUUAUGCCAAGAAUUUGGUAAAAUAUGGCACAGGUGAUGCUGUCCCACCUGUCCCAGAUGGAAAACCUACCUGGUGUGUAUGUGGUGUCUGUCGUGUCAUGCCGACUGAGGAAGAAAACAAAUGUUGUGGCAAGAUUCGUUGUGUUACAUCAUUUGUCACAUUGCAGAACACAUGUACUGACAGGGAUGUUUUGUUGAUUGCAAUUAGAGCAAGAUGUGACAUAAGAGUAGAGGACCCUGACUAUUCAACAAAUAGUUACUGCAAGGCUACAUACCGUCAGUAUAUCCUUUGGAGGUACAAGAAAUUGGGCAGGGGCAAUCGAAGGGUGUGCCCAUCAUGUGUAGUCUUGACCAUUCGACACAUUUUCCCUGCUGAUGAUGGAAACUAUAUGGGUUUCAGGAGAGCUUGA